GAGCAGCAGCCAGUCGUGUUUUUCCCCUCACCGCGCUCACUCUCUCUCUCUCUCUCUCAUCCUCUGCUCCGACUCUCUUGCGCGCUCUCUGGCUCAGCGGACAGACAAGACCUCUCCUCUCGUGCUCCUCUUCUUCUCUCUCUUCCUCUGUCUGAUAUUUCAUUGCACCAUCUUCCUUUAGCUGUUUAUUUUCUAAACUAUUUUUCCCUCUUUCUCCCCCCCCCCCAGCUCCCUGUACCAGGGGCAUUAGUGGGGGUCCCAAAGUGUGACUUUGUGUGUGUGUGUGUGUGUGUGUGUGUGUGUAUUGGGGGGUUUCAACAUGGAAGCAGUGGCACUAUAUACGUUUCGUGCCACUGAGGGCGAUGAACUCAGUUUCAACAAGGGAGACUUGCUCAAGAUCACCAACAUGGAGGAUGAUCCUAACUGGUACACAGCUGAGCUCCACAACAGAAAAGGCUUUGUCCCAAAAAACUACAUCAACCUGCGGCCACACGCCUGGUUUGCCGGCCGUAUAUCUCGCGGCGUGGCCGAAAGUCGACUCAGACACAGGGAGUGUGGAGCUUUUCUGGUCAGAGAGAGUGAGAGCGCCCCAGGAGAGUUCUCCAUGUCCGUCAGUUAUGGGGACCAUGUUCAGCAUUUCAAGGUGCUGCAGGAUCGCUGUAGUCAGUACUACGUGUGGGACGAGCUCUUCUCCUCUCUCAACGAGCUGGUGGAGUUCUACCAUAGCAACAGCAUCGCUAAGGAGAGGACCGUCUUUCUGAGAGACCCCGAGCACUUUGCAAGGCGUCCCCAUCAUGCACACGCUCUCUUCGACUUCACGCCCCACCACCCUUCCCAGCUACGCUUCCUGCGUGGUGAUGUCAUCGAACUCAUUGAUUGCUCCGAUUCACUGCGCUGGAGGGGCCGUUGCCAUGGGCACGUGGGCUACUUCCCCCCGGAGUACGUCCAGCCUAUUUACCAUUGCCAAUGACCUGAUGUGUCAGUCAAAGAUGGAGCCAUUCCCACAGGUUCUUCAACGAGCCGUCUUGACCCCAUUCCUCACACUGCUCCCCUGCUCUGCACUUGCCCAUUAAAUUCUGGAGCAGAUGACAGCUGAGUCGCCGCUGAACUGCUCAUAUGUUACUGACUCCUCCCAUUUUCCUGCGAUGUCACAUGUCAAUCACAUGCCUUGCCCAAUCAGCUGCUAUAGACUCACCAAUCGCUUCCACCUGAUCCUACAACUCCACUUCUCUUUAAUCAUGUAAAAUAAAAAUAAAAAUCCAGAUAUGGACCUUUACACUGUGGAGAACUCACACACACAUAUACACACAAACAGACAAACGUAUACACACAUACUCCCAGGCAUAAUCAUUUAUUACAGCUUAUCAGCACUGGUGCAGGCUAAAUAAAAGAAACACACACACACACACACCACACACACACACACUAACCUGAUGAAAAAAAAUGAAGAGUGUGUGGCCCAUGGGAGCUUGUGGAGGAAGGGCAGGGUUUUCUCUGCUGCAGAUGAGUCAGGAUUUGCUCCAGUAUUUUGCAGUCGUUCCCACGAGGAGAUCCGGUGAGCUGAGCAGAGAGAGACACAGAAGAGUCAUUGUGUUGUGAAUAUUUGGGCCAGACACUCUGUGGAUACUGACACAGCAGAUUCCUCUCUCUCUCUCACCGGGCUGGUGUUGUGUGAGUGUGACUGGAGGGAUUUGUGUGUAAAAUGUGGGUCUGAACACAUGUAAAUCUACAACCUUUAUGUAUGUUUAUGUUUAUUAUGUGGCGAUAGGAAUGGGCAUGUGUGAGUUUGGGGAUGCUGAUUAUGACUGUGUGUGUGUGUGUGUGUGUGUGUGUGUGCUCUGUGGACCAGUUAAAGGCAGUUACAGUGUUCCAGUGACCAGUGAGACUAAUACUGCCCGGACGCCACUUUGUUUUAUAAUACAUAGCUUAAAAUGUAAUAUGCUAAACUGAAUUUAUGGAUCAUUUGUUUGUUUCUAUGUAUUUAUUCUCAUUCAUGUGUAAUCUUAGAAGACAUAUAUUACAUGUCAGGUUAAACAUUGUAUAAAGCUUUUGUUUCUGUUGCAACAAAGAGUUUAAGAAAACCACAUUUUAUGUGACUAACAGUGAGAACUAGGACUGGUCUUCCUUAACCUGUAAUGACAAAUCAUUCAAAUAAAGUGAUACAUUUACCUCUUUGAA